AUGGAGUCGGCGAGGAAACAUUGGCAUGUCGUGCUGUUCCUUGUCUUGGUAUGGGCAGACAAAAGAGCUAGCGGCAGGCAGCAGAGAGCUGCGUCGAGCGAUGAUGGGAAUAUCCGCCUCUUGCACCCUAAGGAGGGUCAAAUGUUUCCAGCAGGAUGGAUUGAGAUCGUCUGGGCAUGGAGGACGUCGGAGGAGACGAACCAGACGGUUGCGAUCAUCGUGGACGACAGAGUUGAAGCUGUUGCUGAAGCGAAGGAGAUGCGGUCAAGGAUUAGGAUCCCUCCCGGGGCUCACACCAUCGGGCUGCGGGCGCAUCCCCAUGGUGAGUCAGGAACGAUGAGCGAUGUGUGUUCGGUCGAGGCGUUGGAGGUGACCAGGGCCGGGCUCAAGAUCAUGGAGCCCAUACCUGGGCAGGUGCUGGUGAACGAAGAAAUUCGGUUGAUCUUCCAGGAGUCUCUUGGUUCGAGCCGAUUCUCGCACUUGUUCAUCUUCUGGAACAACGAGCUGGCGCACAUGAACAAUCACUCGUGCCUCCAUCUGGAGGAAGAGGAAGAAGAGGAGGAGGAGGUGGUGGUGGUGGACAAAGAGGACAAGGACAAGGACGAGGACGAGGACGAGGACGAGGACGAGGACGAGGACGAGGACGAGGACGAGGACGAGGACGAGGACGAGGACGAGGACGAGGACGAGGACGAGGACGAGGACGAAGAGGACGAAGAGGAAGAGGACGAGGACGAGGACGAGGAGGACGAGGAGGAUGCGCGGGCAUGUUCUGAUCCCUGUCCUCAGGAUCUUCUUUCCAAAGGAAAUGGUCGGCAGCAGGACGAGCGCAGGGAGAGGGCAGGCGUCGCGGAGGUCCUGGAGAUCGAGCUGGACUUGUUCGUCAAUAUGGAUGUGGUGGGAGCGAACAGGAGGGAGGGUGGGAGGAGGCUGAUGGCAGCUGUGCUGUUAGGAUGA